AUGCAUACGUUGGACGCUUUGCUCGAGGAGCUUGUGCUUCCUCACGAUGGGAACUCGCUCCCGGACAUUAACGGGCUUGUGGCUGGCUUCACCGACUCAAAAAGAACUAAGUACCUUGCUGCUAAGGGAGUCAAGAGAUUUGACAAGAUGGACCCGGUGACCACAGAUACGAGACUUGCGUUCUUCUCUUGUACAAAAACAAUCACGGCAAUGGCUGUUUUGCAAUUAUACGAAAAGGGCCAGAUCGACUUGGACGCCCCAGCAAAAAAGUAUCUUCCUAUGAUAGGCGAAAUUGGGCUUAUCGACCCGGGCCAGGUUGAUGACGACACUGGAGAAUUUAUAAAACCCCCUAGAAAGCCCAAAAACGAUGUAACAGUGCGCCACUUGCUCCUCCACACGGCUGGGUUUGCCUAUGUGUUUACCGACCCAGACUACUUUAACAUUGUAAUGAACAAACACCGGGAACAUACUGGGGCUACUCCUUCUUUGCGCAUGUUUUCUACAGACGUGAUGCCUUUGGUGUUUGAGCCAGGCACCCUGUGGCGCUAUGGCCAUUCGCUGGACUGGCUUGGUUUAGUGGUUGAAGCCGUUACCGGUAUGAAGUUCUCUCAGUACCUUCAGAAGAACAUAUUUGAUCCAGCAGGGCUUUCAUCGUUCACAUUUAGAAUCGAUAACGAAGACCAGUUAAUUCCCAUUAGUAUGAGAAAAGACGAUGGGACAUUGCGUGUGUUGCGGAAGAAACCGGUACCACACCAACCAUCAAUUGACAUGGGCGGCCAGGGCUGCUUCGGAACUGUGGGCGACUUCUUGCAAUUUAUGAGGAUCUGGCUCAAUAAGGGCCUCUGUGUGGAGACAGGUGCUCAAAUCUUGAAAAAGGAAACUGUGGAAUAUGCCAUACAAGCCCAUUUGCCCGAAGGUAUACAUGUCGAGCUCGAUACUGCCAUGACAGGCGAAGCACCUUCAGACUUCCUUCCUGAUAACUUCACCCUUACUGGCUGCGCAUAUAAUAUGAACAACUUACCAACUGGUAGGCCCAGAGGCUCUAUAUACUGGGCAGGCUUGGCAAGCUUGUACUUCUGGAUUGACUUCGAAAACGACGUUGCUGGCUUUUACGGUUGUCAAAUCCUUCCAUACUUAGACUCCCCUUGUCUUGUGGGUUACAUUAGAUAUGAAAAUGCUGUUUAUGAUAUGUUGCGAAAGGAAAGAGAAGCCAUCAAAGGUAAACUUUGA